AUGCUUGAGUUCAGAGAAAAGUACCGGGCCGGCACACCUUUGUUUCUCCAAAACAAAUGGGUCAUUUUUUUCAUGGUGACAUUGAGCACCAUGCUAGAUUUACUCAGUGUCUCUUCUUUAUUGGUGUCGACAAAGUUUAUCCAUCAACAUUAUCACGUAUCCCCUGCAGUAGCGUCGUGGACCUUGUCAGCGUACGCCGUUACGUUUUCUGGGUUCAUUGCAUUUCAAGGUAGAGUUGGGGAUAUCAUAGGUCAUGACAUUCAAUUUAUUUUAAAUUCCAUUUUCUUUGCUAUUGCUUCUUUGAUAUGUGCUCUUGUUGAUAACAUUUAUGUGUAUAUUGUGUUUAGAGCGAUCCAAGGGAUCGGUGCUGCAGGGCUUGUUCCGUCAAAUUACGCGAUCACCGCCAAUUUAUUCCAAGGGAAGCAACUAAAUAUUACAUUAGUUUUUUUGAAUAGUGUUUUGGGAAUAAGUGCAGCUUUGGGAAUGCUCAUAGGCGGAGCCUUCUUAACAACCGGUGUCAAUCAGCAUGGAAUUGGGUACGUGACUUGUGCCAUCUCGUUGAUAUUAGGGAUAAUCGCAUUUUUCAGUUUUCCGCAGAUUACUCGCAGCAAAGAUAAAUUGAAAAACUUGGAUUACUUAGGUUCCAUUAUUCUCAUCAGUGGAUUAUUAUUGAUUAUUGUUGGGUUCACUGAAGGAGGUGAAAGCUGGAAAUCUCCCAAAUCAUACGUUAUUUUGAUCAUCGGUUUCAUAUUGGUGUUGUGCUUUUUUAUUUUUGAAAACUACUUGGCAUUAAGAUUUUUCCCUGAUACUCAUUUGCUAAUUCCCCCAAUGGUUUGGAAGAUCCCAAACUUUACACCACUUGUGGUAAUCUCAAUUCUCAACUUUAGUGGAUAUUUUGGUAACAUGUUUGUCAAUACAUCAUAUUCCUUGAAUAUCGACGGAGUUUCCCCAUUGGUAGCAGCUGUUAGGUAUUUGCCAUUCAUAGUUACCAUGCUUGUUGUGACAUUCUUCUUGGCUCUUCUGUACGGCAAAGUUUCUGAAAAAUGGAUAUCAACUCUAGGAUUCUUGAUCGGUACCGGGGGAUUGGUCGUGCUUUCAAGAAUGAAUUAUAGAAUCGAUAAUUAUUAUUGGAAAUUCUCGUUCACUGGACAGAUCGCCUUGGCGCUUGGAAGCUGCUUAUAUUUUGUUCAUUAUUUGAAUAUGAUAAUCACUGCCACUCCAUUAGAAGUUCAAGGAAUUGUCAGCGGUAUAGCGCAGACUUUUGCUCAAUUCGGAAUUGCAUUAUCAUUUGCGGUGAUCACAUCCAUUGUUGGUGAUCGUGCCACUGAAAAAGAGUCAUUGCAUCAAAAGUAUCAAUAUGGUAGUUAUUUUUGUUUAGCCUGUUAUGCAUUAGGUACUUUAUUAUUAUUAUUAUUUGUCCGUGAUGUUAAGGAGGAAGAGAAAAUUGAUAUCCAUGCUAUUAAAUAUGAUGACAAAAGUUUAAAGGAAGAGAUAGCACCUAAUGUUUGA